AUGUCUCUCUCUGAGGAAGUUUUCGCCGAAAAGAAACUUUUUGGAAAGAUGCAUCUAGACUGUUGCGCAACAGAGUACAGCGACGAAAGUUGCACUAUCCCAACCAACUCCAACGCUAAAACAACCAAUGCCAACAACAGCAUCACAGUCUACCGCAACCAAAUUAACACCACCAACAGCAGCAGCAGUAGCAACAACAACAUUGCAACUUUUGCCAUCUUCCUUUUCCUCUUCUUCCUUCUAACCUCACCUACCUCAGUUUCUUCAGCUUCAUUACCAGGCAACUUGGGCAAAAGCAGCCAGGAGGAGCACGACUUCAUCACGUACACGGUGCACUCGCUUGGAACCAACGUGACCUUACACUGUAACAACACUUCCGGUCAAUCCAGACGCAUUCCUCGAGGUUAUGUUGCUGAAUUUUGGAUACUGCCCUCGAUGAAAGCUGUCACGACUGUUCAUAAGGAUGUCAAUGAUGGUGAUAAUGUUUAUGGUGGAAAUGGGGCGGGAAAAGUUCAAUACAUGGGCGAAGAUGGAGGAGAUGUUUCUGGAAAGUAUUUGCUUCUGGAUGACAACAUGACUCUUAAAGUCACAAGAAUUGAACAAUCAGACUUUGGAUAUUACCACUGUGUUACGAGGCCCGGUCCAUCCAGCAACUUAUCUAAUCAUCAACUUGCUAAACGCGCCAUGCCGAAUCAUUUUCCAACAUCAAUACAACAACCUGAAAUAUAUAAACAGCAAAAGCAACUACAACAACCACAGCAAGUACAAUUACAGGAUGAUUUUCCUCAACUUCAUGACACACAACCAGAAGACCAGGAGAACUAUUUUGAACAACUCAAUCAACAACAACAUAACCAACAACAAACACAACAACUUCAAAACCGGCAACAACAACAACAAUCGAUAUUUCUUCCCCAACGUUAUCAACCAAGCAAUCAAGAAAAUAAUCAACUUCAAUAUUCUCAGGACGACGACAAAUACAACUACAUGGAUGACAUCAUCGUCAACACGAACAACGACUACAGUGAUUUAAUCACCACCAACAAAAACCAUGAUUCAACAAUACCACAACAACAAAAGCAGCAGCAAAAUCAGCAGCAAAAACAACAACAACAGCAGCAGCAGCUUCAACAACAGCAGCAGCAGCAACAACAACAGCAGCAGCUUCAACAACAGCAGCAACAACAACAACAACAACAGCAGCAACAACAACAACAACAACAACAGCAACAACAACAACAGCAACAGCAGCAACAACAGCAACAGCAGCAACAACAGCAACAGCAGCAGCAACAACAACAACAGCAGCAAAAACAACAGCAGCAACAACAACAGCAGCAGCAACAACAACAACAACAGCAACAACAACAGCAACAGCAGCAACAACAACAGCAACAUCAGCAACAACAACAUCAACAACAACAACAACAACAGCAACAGCAACAGCAGCAGCAACUACAACAACAACAACAGCAGCAACAACAACAGCAACAGCAGCAACAACAACAACAGCAGCAACAACAGCAACAGCAGCAACAGCAGCUGCAGCAACAACAACAACAACAGCAACAACAACAACAACAGCAGCAGCAGCAACAACAACAACAACAGCAACAACAGCAACAAAAGCAACAACAACAGCAACAAGAAAACACCCAACUACCAACAAAAUUUUACUACCUGGUAAAAAUAGGCCUCAACACAAAUGGGCCUUUCUUCACUGACCUCUGGUACAAGUACCGCUACAACGUGUUGUACGCCUUCAUUGGACUCCUGGGUUUCAUCAUUUUCGUUGCGGUAAUUGUCUUAACUUACAAAAACAGAUACAUCAGCAAAGCUGACAGAAACACUUGCAGCAGCGACAACGGCAGCAAUGAUAAAACAAACACUUGUACUGGCGCCAGUGCCAGUGGCAGCGGUAGUAGCCGCACUAGCGUCAGGAAAUUUAGUGUCAGUAGCGUUUUGAAACGCGACGAGAGUGAAACAGGCGCGGGAAGCAGUGGCGUUUGCGACAAGAAACCAGUUAAGAGAUACGGAAGUAUUGAUAUAUUCAAAAAGGACAAUGAUAAAAUUAGCGAGGAUGAAAGCGACGACGAAACCGAGUUCAAAACCGUGAACGGCAGCCAUGCAGAUGACACCAUCAAAAAUAGCAGUAGCAGCCGAAACAAUAGCACCAGUAUGACUUCGAGAAACGUUGCGAGAAAAUCGAGUCUCGAUAGCAACACCGACAACAAAACCUCCAGACAACCGUCGUUAAAGAGGAAAGAACGGAUGAAAGGUAUUAAAACGAAGAGUACAAGCAAUGCGGACGACGAAAUACACAGUAUCGUCAUGGAGAGUGUCGAAGUUGAUGAGAUCCUCCAGAAUAACAUCGGUGCGAAGGUGGAAAAAAAUGACUGCCCCGAGAAAAAACGUCACAAGGAAGUGAGGAAAGAACUGGAGAGGAAGUUUUCGAGGAGUUUGAGUUCUGAGGGAAGUUUUACCGAGACAUCCAUGUAG